AUGAUGGCUACUCAUGACCGUCCGGGCCUAUCAGUUCCUAUCGAAGACCGGACCGAAUCUCGAGGUCGGGAUGAAGACACCAUCCAAGCCGCCGAUAAACCUGAAGCUGCAGAAACGCACACGCCGGCUGGAAACCACGAGGUCAGCGAUGCCAGAAAGGAUACAGACACAACAACGGAUGUCGAGGCGGCAGCAGCGGAGCCUCCAAAGCCACCAAUUCAUUCGGUAUUUUCCAAGAAGACCAAGGUUCUCAUCAUCACCAUGACUACCAUGGCGAGCUUCUUCUCUCCCGUUUCCGGUCAGAUUUACUUACCUGCAUUGAACACGCUGGCCAAGGAAUUCCACGUCUCGCUCGCCGCCAUUAACUUCACGGUCACGAGUUACAUGAUCCUACAAGGCAUUGCACCCAUGUUCUUCGGCGACCUAGCAGAUCAAGUAGGCAGACGCCCAACCUACAUUUGCUGCUUCACCAUCUUCUUCUUCGCAAACCUGGGCCUGGCGUUACAGCGCGACUACGCGGCGCUGCUAGUGCUCCGGGCCAUGCAAAGCAGUGGCAGCAGCGGCGUCAUCGCCCUGGGGAACGGCGUCAUAUCCGACGUGACGACCAGCGCGGAACGCGGCUCCUACGUAGCCUGGGUACAGAUGGGUACCCAGUUGGGGCCUGCUCUUGGUCCUAUCCUCGGCGGCAUCCUCGCGCAAUUCCUUGGGUGGCCAUCCAUCUUCUGGUUUCUUCUCAUCAGCGGCGGCAUAUACCUGAUCCUCUACAUCAUUCUGAUCCCGGAGACAAGCAGAAACGUUGUCGGCGACGGCUCGCUUCCACCGCAAGGCUGGAACAAGUCCCUGCUCAACAUCAUGGCAGAGCGUAGGCGUAAGAAAAACGGACUCGAGCGCACCGUCUCGCGGCAGGCGAAGCAUGAGGAGAGCAAGCGGCUGGCGGAACAGCGGCAUUUGCGCUUCCCGAACCCACUACAGGCGUUGCGAAUCGUUGUUGAAAAGGACGUGUCUCUGGUUCUCCUGGCGCUGUCUAUAGCCAUGACGGGUUUCUUCUGCAUGAUCGUGCCCAUGCCCGGCAUCUUCGCCGACACGUAUGGCUUCAACGACCUCCAGAUCGGCCUCUGCUACAUACCUUUCUCAGCGGGUGCUAUGCUCGGCAGUCUUGCAUGCGGUCGCUUCCUCGAUCGCAACUUCCGUCGUGUCGCCGCCAAACACGGCAUCACCGUCGACCGCAAGCGCGCCAGUAGCAUGCGCAAUUUUCCCAUUGAGCGCGCUCGGCUCGAGAUCAUCUGGGUUCCGCUAGUUAUCGGCAGUUCAUCGACACUCGUAUGGGGCUGGGUCCUCCGCGCGCAAACCUCCCUCGCCGCCCCGCUCGUCAUCCUCUUCGUCGGCGGCGCGAUGCUGUCGGGCACCAUGUCGAUGCUGAUCACGCUGCUGGUCGACCUGUACCCGCAGCGCGCGAGCACGGCCAUGGCAGGGCUGAACCUGUGCCGCUGCAGCAUGAGCGCGGCCGGCACAGCCUCCGUCGAGUACAUCAUCGCCGCGUGGGGGCUCGGCUGGACGUACACUUUCAUCGGCGGGCUGAUGCUGGUGCUGAGCGUGCCGGCGCUGGCGGUCGUCGUGUGGAGGGGCCCCGUGUGGCGGGAGGAGAGGCAUGUGAGGUUGGAGAGGAGGGAGGAGGAGAAAAAGAAGAAGAAGAGGAGGAAGAUGGAGGAGCAGCAGAGGGGGAGGGCGGAGGGGGGAGAGGAGCAGGUGCGGGAGGGUGAGGAUAAAAGUGAUAGUAAGGCGGUGUCGGCGGCGGAGGAGGAGGAGGAGAAGGAGAAUGAGGUGAGACUGCAGAAUGGCGGCGGUGCCCAGCCUGAUAAACGAGAAUAA